CUUCCUUCCCUUCCUUUAAAACCCAUAACCCAUUCUCCCUCUCCUCUCCUUCACUCCUUGUGAAGAAAAUGGUGUUAUCUUCAUCAAUCUCCCCUCCCCUUUCCUGCUUCAUUUACCAUCUCCUCGACUACCUCUAAAAUCAUCACUUCUUGUUCAUAUACCAUACAAGCUAUCUUCUUCUCUGUUUUCUUCUUAUGGGGGCUGGGAUUUCUAGGUUGGCACCAGAUGCUCAGAGAGGUCGUUCGUUGAAGCCUGGUCUUGGUGAUUUACCGGAGAGUUGUAUUUCUUCCAUUUUUAUGUACUUGGAUCCGCCGGAGAUUUGUAAAUUUGCAAGCUUGAAUCGGGCGUUCCGUGGGGCUUGUUUGGCUGAUUAUGUAUGGGAAACUAAGUUGCCGUUGAAUUAUAGAUAUCUCGCGUAUAAACUGCUCAAUGAAAGUUCUGAGAGGUUGUGCAAGAAAGAGGUUUAUGCAAGAUUGUGCAGACCCAAUAGAUUCGACGGAGGCACCAAGGAAGUUUGGUUGGACAAGAGGAGUGGGAAGCUCUGCUUGUGCAUUUCGGCCAAGGCGUUGAAGAUAACCGGAAUAGAUGAUAGGAGAUAUUGGAAUCAUAUUCCCACAGAAGAAUCAAGGUUUCAAUCAGUUGCAUAUCUUCAACAAAUUUGGUGGUUUGAAGUAGUUGGGGAAUUAGAGUUUGAAUUUCCACCAGGGUCCUAUAGCCUCUUCUUCCGGCUGCAGCUAGGCAAACCCUCAAAGAGAUUUGGCAGAAGGGUCUGUAACAUUGAUCAAUUACAUGGUUGGAACAUUAAACCUGUGAGGUUUCAACUGUCAACCUCGAAGGGUCACCAAGCCUCAUCAGAAUGCUACCUACACAAUCCAGGAAACUGGGUCCAUUAUCAUGUUGGUGACUUUGUGAUUGAGAAUUCUGGCACCCCUACGAAGAUCAAGUUUUCAAUGAUGCAGAUCGACUGCACACAUACAAAAGGAGGUCUAUGUGUAGACUCUGUGUUUAUAUAUCCUAGUGAGUAUAGGGAGAGAGAUUAAAAGAUUAUUAGGUUGAUAUCACGUAGAAAUUAAAUUGGGGCAACUAUUGGCAGAAGAAACAAGAAUGUGGGUUUGUUUUAUUGUUGGUCCACGAAUGUAAUUUGCCUAGGAAGUAAUGUGCAUGUGCCUUCAAUAUUCUUUGGUUUUAAAUGUUCAUUCAGGUUUAUUUGGCCCGGUACCCUUUUUUAAUUUUUUU